UUAAUUUAUCAUUUUAUUCAUUUAUGAAAAUUAGAAAGUGAAAUAAAUAGUGCAGGUGUUGAUUCCGGCGAAGAGUGCCCUCAACUUGAUUUGGAACCGCUGAGGAAGAUCACAAUGUUUAAUCCUAUCGGUUUUUCGCUGUUGACCAUCGAUUCGGUGGCGUACAGGGGAUUCUUCUACACAUUCUUCAUACUCAAUUUCGUUUUGCUUUGUCAACUCCUUCUCCUUCAACCUCUCGUUUCUGCUUCAGAUGGAAAACCUGGAAAUGCUGCUGAGUUGUUUGAGAGGGCAUCUCAAAGCAUAAAAGUGAAGCAUUAUACCGAGGCACUUGAUGAUCUAAAUGCUGCAAUAGAAGCAGACCCAACCCUUUCGAAAGCAUACCUUUUCCGAGCAUCAGUUCUUCGUCAAUUAUGCAGAUAUGAGCAAUCUGAGAAGAGCUACAAAAAGUUUCUGGAGUUAAAACAUGGAGAUUCAGCUGCAGAAAAGGAGCUCUCUCAACUAUUGCAGGCUCAAAGUGCCCUAGAAACAGCUCAGUCCCUCUAUGAUUCAGGAAAUUUCACAAAAUCUCUGGAAUAUAUUGAUAAAGUUGUUCUUGUCUUUUCUCCCGCUUGCACCAAGGCUAAGCUUCUUAAAGUGAAGUUGUUGAUAGCUGAUAAAGAGUAUGAGGUUGCAAUUGCUGAGUCUGGUUUUAUUCUCAAAGAAGAUGAAAAUAAUUUAGAGGCAUUGUUGUUACGUGGUCGUGCAUAUUACUAUUUAGCUGAUCAUGAUGUUGCCACAAGGCAUUUCCAGAAAGGUCUCCGCCUAGAUCCAGAGCACAGUGAACUAAAAAAAGCAUAUUUUGGAUUGAAAAAUCUACUCAAAAAGAGUAAAAGUGCUGAAGAUAAUGCAAGUAAGGGUAAACUACGUCUGGCAGUGGAGGAAUUCAAAGGUGCAAUUGCUGUUGACCCUAAUCAUCUUGCACACAAUGUACAUCUUCAUCUUGGCCUAUGUAAAGUGCUAGUCAAGCUUGGCAGAGGAAAAGAUGCCUUGGACAGUUGUAGUGAAGCUCUUAAGAUCAAUGAAGAGCUUGUUGAAGCUCUUGUUCAGAGAGGAGAAGCUAAACUAUUGACAGAGGAUUGGGAGGGAGCUGUGGAGGAUCUGAAAUCAGCUGCUCAAAAAUCUCCUCAGGAUAUGAGUAUCCGUGAAGCAGUAAUCAGGGCUGAAAAAGCUUUAAAGAUAAGCAAACGCAAGGACUUCUACAAAAUUUUGGGAAUUUCGAAAACUGCUUCUGCUGCUGAGAUUAAACGUGCCUACAAGAAACUUGCCUUACAAUGGCACCCAGAUAAGAAUGUUGACAAAAGGGAAGAAGCAGAGGCUAAAUUCCGAGAAAUUGCUGCUGCAUAUGAGGUUCUCAGCGAUGAAGACAAACGCACAAGAUAUGACAGAGGGGAAGACCUUGAAGAGAUGGGAAUGGGCAGUGGCGGUUUCAACCCUUUCGGUGGUGGGGGGCAACCGUUUACCUUUACUUUUGAGGGUGGUUUUCCAGGUGGAUUUGGUGGAGGCUUUCCUGGUGGGUAUGAAUUCCAUUUUUGAUUGGAAAAGGAGCACUCCCCAUAAUUUUUCAUAGCCAAAGUUAGAGACUGUCUUGAUUUCCUGAAGGGACCACAGCAAUUGUAUUCACUAAUCACUUGCUAACGGUUGUUGAGGUAAAUACAUAGGCCAUCCCCGGAUGCUUGUAAGAUAAGAAACGUGCGUUAGAGAAGUUUUUGCUUUAUGCAGAAGUGAUGGGGUUGGGUGUUAGUUAAGGAGGCACAUUUUGAUGUAGCCCCAUUUCCUUUUAUGCAGUGGUUGUCACUAUGUAACGCAUACUUUAAAUUCCCGGCAACCAUAGUACUUUUUGACAUAUUUUAAUCAAUUGAAUGGCUUCACAAUUAACACCAUGAUAAUUUG